UCUCUCUCUCUCUCUAUAUAUAUAUACAUAUAUAUCACUCUCAAUUUCGAACACAAAUUGGUGAUAAUUGGCCUUAUUUUCUCCAGACAAACACCAAAGCAAGAGGAAACAUUGAAGAUCGAAUCGCACAAAACUUGCCAUCGCCACCUAAAUUACUGAGUUUGAAGAGUGAAAAAAAAAAAAAGAAGAAGAAGAAGAAGAAGAAGAUUGCAAGACUUUCCUUUUCACACCUUUUCUCAUAGGCCACACACACAGGGCAUAAGAUGAAUGUUCCUUGUUCGUUGGUAUUAUAAUUGUUCUGGACUUGAGAUUCAGUCAAAAUUAAGGUUAGUCAUCCAUUUUGGUUUCUCAAUGGAUCUGAUUUUCAGAAUGUCCUGUAUAUAAUCUGUUCCAACUUGGAGGAGUUGAUGAAUUAGAUAUGUGGGCUUUUCUUGUCUUAAUUCUGAGGCAGGCCAUCUCAAUGUCUGUAAUCAUAUGAACUUUUCCUCUUCAAUAUUGGUGGAAGUUGGAACAAGAUGGCAGUUUCCAUGCAAGAACCAAAUCAAGAGAACCAAGCUGACAGGUACCCUUUGCUUAUGGAGCCGCAGGAAAAUAAUGAAAAUCAGGUUCAUUUUAUUGACAUAGAACGGGGUUGUGAUGCUUCCUCAUCAGGCUCAUCUCAUAAUGGUUCUCCUUGUGGCUCAACUCUGCCCCAUCAUGAAGAUAGACUGUCAAAUAGUGUUCGGGUGGUUCCUAUUACCCAAUCUACUUCAUCAUCGUCGAAUGAAUCAAACUCUAGGAACUCUUCAGUUACAAGAAGAGGGGAAGGGUCUGGCCGUCGUCAUUGGAGCCCAUUUAACACCGUCUUAUGGCUUUCGGUUGAGCUAGUGUUCACUGUAGGCCAAAUUAUUGCAGCCAUUAUUGUUUUGUCUGUCUCAGGACAUGAGAACCCACAAACUCCAUUGUUUGCUUGGAUUGUGGGUUAUGCAGUUGGGUGUGCCGCAAGCGUUCCCCUCCUUUUUUGGCGUUAUCUUAACCGCAACCAGGGUACUGAACAAGGGUCAACUCAAUUGCGUCAAGAUUCUUCCCAGGGAAACUCUACAUCAGAACCUAAUUCUUACAUUACUAUCUCAUUAACUCGGGCCUCAGAAGAGGAAGAUGGCCAGAAUACAUCUUCAGGCACUAGGACUGGUCAAAUAAUGGGAGCUCCAAAUGCUAGGUUAAAUGCCCUGAUGGACCACUUAAAGAUGGCCUUGGAUUGCUUCUUUGCAGUAUGGUUUGUUGUUGGCAAUGUAUGGAUCUUUGGUGGGAAUUCAUCUUUUUCUGAUGCUCCCAAUUUGUACAGAUUAUGUAUAGUGUUUCUUACAUUUAGCUGUAUUGGGUAUGCUAUGCCCUUCAUUUUAUGCUCAGUGAUUUGCUGCUGCUUGCCCUGUGUUAUUUCAUUCUUGGGUGUCCGUGAUGACAUGAAUCGAAUGAGAGGGGCUUCUGAAGAAACUAUUAAUGCUCUGCCAACACACAAAUUCAAGUUAAAGGAUAAAGGUAGUCGCAGCAACUGUGACAGUAAUCCAGGAGUUGAUGAAGGUGGUUUUGUGGCCGCAGGAACGGAAAGAGAGCGUGUAAUCUCAGGGGAAGAUGCUGUGUGUUGCAUUUGCUUGGCGAGAUACGCAGAUAAUGAUGAGUUGAGAGAGUUGCCUUGCUCUCAUUUCUUCCAUACAGAGUGCGUAGAUAAAUGGCUGAAGAUCAAUGCAUCCUGUCCCCUCUGUAAAUUUGAGAUUGGUGACAGCAAUGGAAAUUCAUCAUCUACAGGAGAACCCAGCCAGCAAGUGUGAAGUAUCAGGGGAUUGAAGUUACACGGUACACUAAAUGUGAUCAUAUCAUGGGAUCAACUUGCUCUUUUAGUGGGAACACUUCAUCUUAAAUUGAACCUUGCCCCCCUUUGUUGCCACUGAAUCCGGGAUGUACAAUUUGAGUCAAAUCAAUAAUCUUGUGAAGCUUGUAUAAUAUUAUUUUCAAUUUCAAUUAUUCACAUCAAAUUUUAAGUUGGAAGGCUGUGCA